AUGACCGCCGAGGAGACGAAGGCGGCCGAGAGCGGAGCGCAGUCGGCGCCGCUGCCCCUCGAAGGGGUGGACAUCAGCCCCAAGCAGGAUGAGGGGGUGCUUAAGGUCAUCAAGCGAGAGGGCACGGGCACGGAGACGCCCAUGAUUGGGGACCGAGUCUUCGUCCACUACACAGGCUGGCUGCUCGAUGGCACCAAGUUCGACUCCAGCCUGGACCGCAAGGACAGGUUCUCCUUCGACCUGGGGAAAGGGGAGGUCAUCAAGGCUUGGGAUGUUGCUGUAGCAACCAUGAAGGUGGGUGAAGUGUGCCACAUCACCUGCAAGCCGGAGUACGCCUAUGGCUCAGCGGGCAGCCCCCCGAAGAUCCCUCCCAAUGCCACGCUUGUGUUUGAGGUGGAGUUGUUCGAGUUCAAGGGUGAGGACCUGACAGAAGAGGAAGACGGCGGGAUCAUCAGGAGAAUACGGACGCGAGGGGAGGGCUAUGCCAAGCCUAACGAUGGCGCCAUCGUGGAGGUUGCACUGGAAGGGUACUUCAAGGACCAGAUGUUUGACCGGCGGGAGCUCCGCUUUGAGGUCGGCGAGGGGGAGAGCAUGGAUCUGCCCUGUGGGCUAGAGAAAGCCAUCCAGCGCAUGGAAAAAGGAGAACAUUCCAUUGUGUAUCUCAAGCCCAGCUAUGCUUUUGGCAGCGCUGGGAAGGAGAAGUUCCAGAUCCCACCAAAUGCUGAGCUGAAGUAUGAAAUACAUCUCAAGAGUUUUGAGAAGGCCAAGGAGUCCUGGGAGAUGAGUUCAGAGGAGAAGCUGGAGCAGAGCACCAUAGUGAAGGAGCGAGGCACUGUGUACUUCAAGGAAGGCAAGUACAAGCAAGCUGUGCUGCAGUACAAGAAGAUUGUGUCCUGGCUGGAAUAUGAGUCUAGCUUCUCUGAUGAGGACGCACAGAAGGCGCAGGCCCUUCGGCUGGCCUCCCACCUCAACCUGGCCAUGUGUCAUCUGAAGCUACAAGCUUUCUCCGCUGCCAUUGAGAACUGUAACAAGGCCUUGGAACUAGACAGCAACAACGAGAAAGGCCUCUUCCGCCGGGGAGAGGCCCACCUGGCAGUGAAUGACUUUGAUUUGGCACGGGCUGACUUCCAGAAGGUUCUGCAGCUCUACCCCAGCAACAAGGCGGCCAAGGCCCAGCUGGUCGUGUGCCAGCAGCGCAUCCGCAAGCAGCUUGAGAAGGAGAAGAAGCUCUACGCCAACAUGUUUGAGAGGCUGGCCGAGGAGGAGAGCAAGGCCAAGGCUGCAGUGGCUGCAGGAGACCAGCCAGCUGACACAGAGAUGAGGGAUGAGCCGAAGACCGAGGUGGCUGGGGGCCAGCCUCAGGUGGAGGCGGAAGCAUAG